AUGAAGGCCGCCGCCGAGACGUCGAAGGAGUCCCAGGUCAUAGGGCCGUUGAUGAUCAGGACCAAGAGCGUCGACCUCACUGGCCCCAAGGGUUCCUGCGGACGCUGUGGCUUCAAGGAGGACGCCGAGCAUCCGUUCCCCGACGUCAAGUUCCCAGGUGAGGAGAUCAAGAAGUUCCCCUUCGGCUGCUCAUUCCACGUCCGUGGCUUUGUGAAGGGGAAGUUUUGGAUGGAUUACACUUGGCCUACUCUUUGCGGGGCUUGCGAGAAUGACAGCGAGUUGGCCGACUCCUUCGAGGCGUGCUGCCAGGCCGCCGACGGAAAGCGCUUCUCGGCCACGUUGCCGCAGGACGUCACGAUGGGCACGCAGACUGGCAUCACGGUGUACUCGGACUGCGCCCUCAUCACAGACGCCCAGUACCAGACCGACAUCGCCCCUGCAGGGGCGCAGAGCUUAACGCCGCAGCAGGCAGGGGAACGUGCCACAGAAGUGCAGAACGAGCACAAGGGUGAUGCGGUCACGGGGGCGCUAGCCUUGGAUCCGACGUCGCCUUAUCUCAAGGUGCGCAGGUUCACCACCACCCUGAACACCCGCAGCGAGAAGGCUCUGUCGGCCGACGAUUGCUGCCGUGAGGGCGCGGCUUCGUCAUUGGAGGAGGCCGCCAACAAGCUCAUGCGCGAGCAGAUGCCCAUUACCUUGAGGGGGAAUGUUGGGAUUCCGACGGUGGCCGAGCUCGAGGCCAGAGCCUUGGGUGCGGCGCGGGGCCUCGGGCUGAUUACCGAUCCGACUCCUCCAGCAGCUCCGACGGGGAAGCUGGGUCCAGCGUCGCUUGGACCAAACACCGACGACACCAGGCCGCCCAGGUCCGCGUUCGACAAUGCCAUCCAAGUGCCUGGUUCGGUUCCAGCUGGCGCUGCCCGUGGCUCCAUGGGCGACGACGCGGGGCCGCUGCCGUCAGGUGCCAGCGACCGCAGCCGCGGGGCCUCCUCGAUGAUGACAGGGGCGCCGCCGUCCGUCGAGAAGCCUGGUCAGGCAAACAACGCUUCGGAGAAGGCGAGGCUGAAGGAGCUCAAGGAUUCGAUCUCCUUGGGGCGCAUCCUCACGAAGGGUAAGGACCAUGGCAUCGGUGAUAAGAUCUACGCGCUUCGGCGCUGGAAGCCUGAUAGCGACGUCUUGGGCGGCGAGAAGGACAACUACCUCAGCGACGUCGACUGGUGCACGACUCUGGGUGGGAAGGCCAUCGAACAAAUGGGGCAGGAUACCCGCCUGCGGCUGCUCGGGAACAUCAAGCACGUGGACCUCUCGGACGCGGUUCCUUUCAAGCUGCAGCUCUGCGCGGUUGCGGCCAAGGAGAUGUUCGACGUUGGAGGCAAGGUCGAGAUCUGCAUUCCCUGGAAGCAGUGCGCGGGCGAGUUUUCGAUGCUUCAUCCUCGGUUCUCGGUUGCUGGGGCGCCUGGCGCAGAACUCGUCGAGACGGGCAGGACGUUCUUCAUCGACAAUUUGGUUUUGUCGUGCACCAAGCAGGAUAAGAUCCACAACUCGUGGAUGAUGGACCUGAUCGAUCAAAUCCUUCCUCGCGUCAAGUCCGGGGCGGUUCGCGAGGAGGCUGGCGUGUGCAAAGACCUCGCGAAGGAGAUCUACGUGUACGCCGAGUCCCUUCGCAUCCUCAUAGGCCCCUCGCCCGCAGCGCUGCUGGAGUGCGAUAUCAGGUCUGAAGUUCGCAAGUUCCUUCGUGAAGAAGCUGGGCCUGAGUGGCGCGUGGUCGUGACGACCUUCGGCUCGGAGUGGAAAGCGUGCCUUGGGGAGUGCAACCGUUCCUACCACACCGACGUGAAGUGCGGCGAGAAGGUCUCCUCCGUGGAACGGGUGCUCGGGGACGCUAUCAAGACUCUGACCGUUCAGGACAUUUCUUCGAUCAUCGUGAACCUGAAGGAGUGGGGCCCGUUGUUGCGCCUGGGUGCUGCGAGAAACAUCAUGAACCAUUUCCGCGACAAGCUGGGGGACUUUAUCAAGAAGUCUGUGCUCGCGUCGGACAUCGGACACCAGGCGGUGCCAGAUAUCGAGGAAGUGACAAAGUUGAACUUGGAGUUCCUCGAUCUCCUGAGCCUCACCCCGAAGCUGCGUGCCAUCUCUGAGGACACGGUCCAAGCAUUCAACAAGAUCUAUGCCGACCUGGAGAUGUUCCAGGAGAAGGUGUACAUCAAAGGCAAGAGCGACAAACUUGUGGAGGCUUGCGACGCCUACGACCCCAAGCGCGAUGAGACAGCGCAGAAGAUUGCCGUCGCUUUGACGGAAUCUCAAGGCGCGCACUUCGGCUCGGGCGAGGUCGUCGCCAAGCUCAUCGGAUGUGCUCGGACUUGCUUCAAUCACGUUGUGCAGAUGGGCCUCGACUUCACCGCAGAAGAUGAGACAACUGAUACCUGGGCCGAGACCGCCGAGAUGAUGAAGAAGAUGCUGGCAGUGGCAGCUGGCGCGGUCAAUCGCGUCGGGGAGUUCGACGCUGACGCGCGAGAGAUCCACGGGCUGGUGGUCACCAAGAUGAUGCUGAUCCAGUUGAUGCUGUCCAUCGGAGCCGUCACCGCCCGCAAGCCGUUCGCCGACUUGCACGUGGAUCUUGCUGAUGACGCGCAGGAGUUCGUCGAGACCGCCGCCGAGCCGCCCCAGGAUCCCGAGCAGCCGCAGGGAGAGGGGGCCUCGACAACACAGGGUGCGGAUGGCUCGGACGGGGCCGACGGCAAGAAGACGCUCGAGGUUACGAUACUGGCCGACUUCAAGGCUUUCGAGGCCCUCGCCAAAGUGGCAAUCAAGACAGGCCGCGACUUGCUCAAGGAGUUCUCGACGGUGUACUGGGACCUGGUGGCGGACGCCACGGAGUACGCUGUGAAGGAGAUGGAUGCCUUGAGCGGCGGCAUCAUGAACGGCGGCGGCAAGAGCUGGACGGACGGCGCCUCCAGCUUGCAGAACUGGGAGGAGGUCCUGACCCAGAUCAAGGCCACGCUCUUCAAGCAGAAGGGCUUGGCAACCAAGGCGCGCGCGCUGAAGGGCGACAUGCUCAAGCAGCUUGGCGAGCUCAAGAAGACGGCCGACGAGCACGGCAAGAUGAGCGAGUUCGGUGGCCUCGAGGCGUCGGCGCUCAAGGCCGCGGGCCGCGCGGAGGCCACGCUGUUCGAGGCGCGCUUCGUUCAGCUCGUCAAGGGCGGAGUCCACGCGAAGGACCACGAGGAGUGCUUGCUGGCUUUCAGGGAUGAGCUGCACGACGCGAAGUACUUCAAGGAGAAGGACAUCCACCCAGUGAUCGCGGCCAAGCUGGAGGAGAUGCUCACGCAGGCCUUCAACGACACGUUGUAG